AUGAAUCCCCCAGCCCUCAGCGUGGUAUACCAGCUGGAGAACCUCCUUGCAUCUGAUGGAUCUUUAUAUUUCGAAGAACAACCACCUUCAGGAGCAUGGGAACAGUCAUACCUUGCGUUUCCUGAAAGCCUGGGGCAAUGCCCAUCGGGCAUAUGUAACUGUAAAGAGCCAUUCCAUGCUUGGAAAUGGAAGAAUAAUAGCAUUCCAUGCUUGGAAAUGGAAUUCAAGGAUUUUGAAGACAUUUGUGGGGAUUUUGGGUGGCACUCACCGCCAGACGUCAAAGAACCAUUUUUUGAGGGAGACGUCAAUGUUGUCGAUGCUAAACCGCUGAAUGCAGCUGGAGAGAUACGUGAUCAAGCGCUGCUCGAGAAUGGUGAGACUGUUUUUGCCGAAGCAUCUGGAGGAAAUGCGGUGUGCUCGAGAUCGUCAGAGCCCUUGGUUUCGGACGACGGGUUGGUAAGUGGGAGGUACAAGUCAUCGGCGCUUGAGGUGGAUGAGAUUCAAAAGUACUUUGAUGUUCCAAUUACAAAAGCAGCUAAGGAACUGAAGGUUGGCCUCACUGUCCUGAAGAAGCGAUGCAGGGAACUCAACAUCAGGCGCUGGCCACACAGGAAAAUCAAGAGCUUGAAGUCGUUGAUUGACAGUGCUAAGGAGUUGGGAUUGACAAGUGAGAUUGAAAUGCUGGAAGAGCACAAAAGAAUGUUAAAGGUGCUUCCCGAGAUGGAACUGACUGAAAGAACCAAGAAACUCAGACAAGCAUGCUUCAAAGCCAAUUACAAGAAAAGAAGGGCAAUGGCUGCUGCUGCCAUGGCUUGA